UUUUCACUAUGCAAACAACCUUGUUCGAAUGCAUGCUUAAGACAAUUUUUGAUCUCAGCACUUUAAAACAAGUUGUGUGAUAAACCUGAAGUCACAAGGUUCGAAGAAUUAUUAAAGAUGAAGUGCAUAUUGUUGUUGCCGAUAUUGAUGGCGCUUGUUGCAGCUGAGACUUACAGUACAGAGAACGAUGAUUUAGACAUUGAAGCGGUUGUUGGUGAUUUAAACAUAUUAAAAUCCUUCUUGGACUGCUUUAACGAUAAGAAACCAUGCGACGAUGUGCAAGCUGAUUUUAAAAAGGACUUGCCCGAGGCGUUCCAAAACGCAUGUCAUAAAUGCACUGCGGCACAGAAACACAUCUUCAAGAGAUUCCUCGAGGAAUCCGAAAAGAAGGUAGUCGAUGACCUCAACGCCCUCAAGAAGAAAUACGAUCCAGAAUCCAAGCACUACGCUGCACUUUUAGCAGCCAUUUCAAAGUCUUAAAGAUACAAGUAAUAAACAAAAACAAAAGAAUUCGUUUAAUAAAAAACAAUGUC